CCUUGUUCACGUGAUCCAAAGGAAGGCCAUCAUGGCGCAGUCCUAGGCGGUGGAAGCAAGGACGGGGCGGGGUACAAAUAAUAAUAAUAAUAAUAUAUAUAUAAGGGUGGCCUUGCAAUCCAUUGCAAAAUUGGAUCCCAGAAAAUUGGAUUGCCUUGCAAAGGAGAGAGAAGAAGGAAGGGAAGAGCAUCCAUUGGGCCUCGGCGGAGGAGGAGGAAGAGGAGGGUGGCGCCAUGGUCAAGAUCUUUGUGGGCGGCCUCUCGCCGGCGGUGAUGGCGGAGGAGCUGCGCAAGCUCUUUGAGCAGUACGGGCAGGUGAACGAGUGCGACGUGCUGAAGAACUUUGCCUUUGUGCACAUGGAGAAGGAGGAGGAGGCGCACCAGGCCAUCGGGGCGCUGCACAAGAGCGAGUUCUACGGGGCGCCGCUCACGGUGGAGUACGCCACCUCCAAGAUCCGCAACGCCACCAAGAUCUACGUGGGCAACGUCUCGGCCAAGGCCACCACCGCCCAGCUGCGCCAGCUCUUCGAGCGCUUCGGCAAGGUGGUCGAGUGCGACAUCGUCAAGAACUACGCCUUCGUCCACAUGGCCAAGGAGCGCGAGGCCAUGGACGCCAUCCUCCACCUCAACGACACGCCGCUGGAGGACCAGAAGAUCUUCGUCACGCUCUCCAAGAGCAACGGCAGCCUCCGGGCCGCCAAGGGGACGCCCGCCGUGCCCGCCGCCACGCCCUCCGCCACUGCCGCCACCCCCGCCGGGUACUACUUCUCCCGCGGACGCCUCGCUGCCCCGCCCACGUACGCGCCGUACUGCGCCCGGGCCUGGUACGACCGCGAGUACUGCGACCGCUACAACUACGAGCUCUACGACCGGGCCCGCGCCGCGUACGACCGGGCCCUGCCGCCUCCGCCCUCGGCGUACCGGGAGCGCAGCCCCAUGGGCCGGCGGACUACCGCUCCCACCACCGUCGUGGCACAAUAUGCCGACCCCUACGCGGCCGCGGCGGCGGCUGCGGCGGCGGCGGCGGCGACCGCGGCAGCCAACCAAACGUAUAGCCAAGCCUACAGCCAGCCCGGAUACGCAGCGGCAGCGGCGGCCGCGGCUACCUACUCCCAGUACAGCAUUGGCACCGCUUACAACGUGGCCGAGUACUACGAGCGGUACGCCAGCGCCUACGCCGCCCAGUACGCCCAGACGUUCUGAGUUCGAAACAGAGCGUAAGUGUCGAGAGAGAGAUUGAGACGCAACAACAACAACAACAAUUCUUUAUUGAUUAGUCACUUUUGACGCAAUGGGGUUAUAUAUGCAGUAGAGUCUCACUUAUCCAACAUUAUUAUUUUAUUUAUAGCCCACCUUUUCUCUACACAAAUGAAACUCACAGCAAUGUAUAAUUUAUUAUUAUUAAUCCCAGCCAUUUGUGUAGUCAGUGUUUUCAGUAUAUUGUAAUAUUUUGGUGCUAAAUUCGUAAAUACAGUAAUUACAACAUAACAUUACUAUAUAUCUACUAUUGCAGUAGAGUCUCACUUAUCCAAGCUAAAUGGGCUAGCAGAACAUUGGAUAAGCGAAUAUGUUGGAUAAUAAGGAGGGAUUAAUGAAAAGCCUAUUACACGUCAAUUUAGGUUAUGAUUUUACAAAUUAAGCACCAAAACAUCAUGUUAUACAACAAAUUUGGCAGAAAAAAUAGUUCAAUAGGCAGAACUGAAUUUACGAAUUUAGCACCAAAAUAUCACAAUGUAUUGAAAACCUUGACUACAAAAAUGCGUUGGAUCAUCCAGAACGUUGGAUAAGUGAAUGUUGGAUAAGUGAGACUCUACUGCAAUAGUAGAUAUAUAGUAAUGUUAUGUUGUAAUUACUGUAUUUACGAAUUUAGCACCAUUAUUAUUAUUGUGUUUUCUCUCCACAAAGGAGAUUCAAAGCGGCUAUGUAUUUACUAUUACUUAAAAUGUAUUAUUGUCAUUAUUAUUUUAUUUAUAGCCCACUUUUUCUCUACACAAAUGAGACUCAAAGCACAAGGUAUCAUUUAUUAUUAUUAUUAUUAAUGUUUUCUCUACACAAAGGAGAUUCAACGCAGCUAUGUAUCUAUCUACUAUUACAGUAGAGUCUCACUUAUCCAAGCCUCACUUAUCCAACAUUCUGGAUUAUCCAAAGCAUUUUUGUAGUCGAUGUUUUCAAUAAAUUGUGAUAUUUUGGUGCUAAAUUUGUAAAUACAGUAAUUACUACAUCGCAUUAUUUCAUAUUGAACUACUUUUUCUAUCAAAUUUGUUGUAUCACAUGAUGUUUUGGUGCUUAAUUUGUAAAAUCAUAACCUAAUUUGAUGUUUAAUAGGCUUUUCCUUAAUCCCUCCUUAUUAUCCAACAUAUUCGUUUAUCCAACGUUCUGUCGGCCCGUUUAGCUUGGGUAAGUGAGACUCUACUGUAUAUAGGUAAUCAAAGUCGGACAGUCUUAUUAAAGUCUUAUUAUUAUCUUGAAUUACAGUUUUAUGUAAAUAUUCAAAAAUUGAUGUCUCAAUUGAUGUAAUUUUGUUGGUAUCUAUUUUUAUUUUUUAUUUUUGAAUUUGACCCGUAGCUGCUGCAUUUCCCACCCUCGUCUUAUGCUCGAGUCAAAAUGUUUUCCCAGUUUUUUCACUUAAAAUUAGGUGUCUCAACUUAUAUUCGGGUCGGCUUAUCCAAUCCCUCCCAACAGAUGGCCAUCCGGUGUCUACCUAAUAAUAAUAAUAAAAAUAAUAAUAAUAAUAAUAAUAAUAAUAACAACAACAACAGAACCAUAUGAGUGGAAGAGCUCCAAAGAGGGGACUCCGAGGGUCAUCCAGUCCAACCCCAUUCUGCCAUGUAAAUCAGCCACGGAUGUCAAAAUCACAUGUGCUUUAGUUCAAUCCUGUGAUAUCCUUUUUGUAAGUGUGUGUUUGUGUAUAUGAUAUCUGCGCUCACAAAUUUGCUGUGCUUUUAACCUGUGCGUGUGUUUGUAUAUGUGUGUGUACAUAUAUACACAUAUACAUAUAUAUAUAUAUGUACAUACCAUAAAAUAUAUUCCAUCAAUGACCCGUAUCUUUGAAUGCAACAAGGGUGCCAAUCUGUCUUCCUUCUCGUGUGUCCGCUGGGGCGUCUACACUGUAGAAUUAAUGCAGAUUAGUGAUGUGCGUGGUAUUUGUUUCGUCUGUUUCAUUCGUCUAUUCGUUUAGUAUUGUCCAUUCGGAUGCACGAAAUGAAAGAUGCCAUUUUCAGGUGUUAAUAAUAAUAUUAAUAACAAUAGUUAUUCUGGGACCCUAAACUGAGUCUGGGAGAGGAGUGCCUCACCAUGACAUCUGAUGUGUGCCAAUGGGUGUUAAUAAUAAUAAUAUUAAUAAUAAUAUUUAUUCUGGGACCCUAAGCUGAGUCUGGGAGAGUAGUGCCUAGCCAUGAAAUCUGAUGUGUACCAAUGGGUGUUAAUAAUAAUAUUAAUAACAAUAGUUAUUCUGGGACCCUAAGCUGAGUCUGGGAGAGUAGUGCCUAGCCAUGAAAUCUGAUGUGUACCAAUGGGUGUUAAUAAUAAUAUUAAUAUUAAUAACAAUAGUUAUUCAGGGACCCUAAGCUGAGUCUGAGAGAGGAGUGCUUCCCUGUUACAUCUGAUGUGUGCCAAUGGGUGUUAAUAAUAAUAUUAAUAUUAAUAACCAUAGUUAUUCUGGGACCCUAAGCUGAGUCUAGGAGAGGAGUGCUUCCCCGUUACAUCUGAUGUGUGCCAAUGGGUGUUAAUAAUAAUAUUAAUAUUAAUAACAAUAGUUAUUCUGGGACCCUAAGCUGAGUCUGGGAGAGGAGUGCCUCCCCAUGACAUCUGAUGUGUACCAAUGGGUUUUAAUAAUAAUAUUAAUAUUAAUAACAAUAUAAAGUAUAAAAGGGAUAGGACUAAAAGAGAAAUAUAAAUUUGUUUGUAGACGAUACCCUUUUAUCAAUGGAACAGCCAAUAAAUCAAUGGGAGAAAAUAGAGGCUCAUUUAACAAAAUUUGGAUUAAUAACAGGUUUACGAAUUAAUUGGAACAAAUCAGAAAUGAUGAUAUUUAACUAUCAAGAAGAAGAGAUAAAAAAAUCAAAAUUAAAGAAACAAUUACAUAUUUAGGGAUAAAUAUAACUAAAGAAUUAAAAAAAUUGGAAAUACAGUAGAGUCUCACUUAUCCAACAUAAACGGGCCGGCAGAACGUUGGAUAAGCGAAUAUGUUGGAUAAUAAGGAGGGAUUAAGGAAAAGCCUAUUAAAAAUCAAAUUAGAUUAUGAUUUUACAAAUUAAGCACCAAAACAUCAUGUUAUACAACAAAUUUGACAGAAAAAGUAGUUCAAUACAUAGUAAUGUUAUGUUGUAAUUACUGUAUUUAUGAAUUUAGCACCAAAAUAUCAUGAUGUAUUGAAAACAUUGACUACAGAAAUGCAUUGGAUAAUCCAGAACGUUGGAUAAGCGAGUGUUGGAUAAGUGAGACUCUACUGUAUAAAGUAUAAAAGGAAUAGGACUAAAAGAGAAAUAUAAAAUAAAUUUGUUUGCAGACGAUACCCGUUUAUCAAUGGAACAGCCAAUAAAACAAUGGGAGAAAAUAGAGGCUCAUUUAACAGAAUUUGGAUUAAUAACAGGUUUACAAAUUAAUUGGAACAAAUCAGAAAUGAUGAUAUUUAACUAUCAAGAAGAAGAGAUAAAAAAUCAAAAUUAAAGAAACAAUUACAUAUUUAGGGAUAAAUAUAACUAAAGAAUUAAAAAAUUGGAAAUACAGUAGAGUCUCACUUAUCCAACACUUGCUUAUCCAACGUUCUGGAUUAUCCAAUGCAUUUUUGUGGUCAAUGUUUUCAAUAUAUCGUGAUAUUUUGGUUCUAAAUUUGUAAAUACAGUAAUUACUACAUAGCAUUACCAUGUAUUGAACUACUUUUUCUGUCAAAUUUGUUGUAUAACAUGAUGUUUUGGUGCUUCAUUUGUAAAAUCAUAACCUAAUUUUAUGUUUAAUAGGCUUUUCCUUAAUCUCUCAUUAUUAUCCAACAUAUUCGCUUAUCCAACGUUUUGCCGGCCCGUUUAUGUUGGAUAAGUGAGACUGUACUGUACACAAUUUAACUAAAUUAAGAAAGGAAAUUAAUAAGAAAUUAGUGGAGUAUAAUAAACUCAAAUUAUCAUGGUUUGGUAGGAUAUCAUUAGUCAAAAUGAAGAUAUUACCCAAAUUAAUUUUUUUUAUUUAGAAUGCUACCUGUAGAAAUGUCAGAUCAAGAAAUAAAAAAAUUGGCAAAGCAUGUUCAAUUUAUAUCGUAAUGGGAAUAAAAAAAGCUAGAAUAAAUAAAAUCUUAUGGUAUAGACCACAGAAAGAAGGAGGUCUUGGACUUCCAAAUCCCCGUGAAAUCUGAUGUGUGUCAGUGGGUGUUAAUAUUAAUGAAACUAAACGAAACGAACUGCGAUUCCAUAGACAUGCACAACACUAAUGCAUCAUUGUAGAUCGGCAUCCUUGUGGCCCGGGAAUUGUGAUUCCUUCUCUGCCAACGAUUGCAAGCGACAAAUCCCAGGGUUCGGUCACUCCAGAACCAAAGCGGGAUCAAACUGUGUUAAGUCUACAGUGUGGACGCGGCCUAAAUUGUGUAGCUGUCUUUGCAGGUUUCUUCCGAGGCGCCGCCGCAAAGGGUGUCUUCUUCCAAUCCGAAGGUUUUUCGCGUCAAGGUUGGUGAGGAUGAUGAUGAUGAUGUUUAUUUUCGGGGUCCGGUCGCCUCCUUUCUUGCCGUCCCUUUGCUUCGUCUCCUCCUUCCUUUCUUCUUUCCCGUUUUCCCUUCUUUUCCCAUCCAUCCUUCCGGUCGUAAACCGAUGACAAAAACUGCUUGGGAGAAGCUUCACUUUGCCGGACGCUCCGAAGACGCCUCCGUUCUGACUCCUCUCUUCCUCGGGCGCAUCCGCACUGCAGAAUUAACCCAGUUUGACGACGCUUCGACCGCCAGGGCUCAAAGCGACGUGAUCCCGGGAGUUGUUGUCAUGAUUUUGCGUCACGUUCUCUCCAAACCGGGAUCCCGCUGCCUUGAUCCCGGUGCAUUAAUGCCACGGUUCCUCGCUUGCUUGGUUCCCUUUUUGCUGUAUAUAUUCCUCCUUGUUCACCUUCGGUUUCUUAAUUUGUUUUAAUUUCUUCCCCCCCGAACCUUUGUACAACCGUACCGUAAUUUUUAAAAUUUUAUUUCUAAUUUCCGAAAUGUAAUGACGGCAGAAUUAAAAACGGCUUCCACCGAA